AUGUCCGACGCCUCUACCAACGUCCCUUCAUUCUCCCGGUCUGAUAUUCGGCUGCUGGUCAGCGGAUACACCCGGGUGGGCCUCCGUCAAUGGGGGCAGAUUGAAAUCUUCGCCCAGGUUCUGGGGCAGGGCCCCAUGAACGACAGGUCUCUUGCUGUGAUAGCAUGGGAGCUCAAUGAGCUCACGGGAAAUGUAGUCUGCGUCGUUGAUCCUUGCUCCACGGCGCCUUGGUUCCUGCGCGUAGUCAUUACGCCGGACUUCGUCUUCCUCGGCCUUUACUGGGCUGGUGUCGACUCAAUUGCUUCGCUUGCCGACUACGACCGCUUCCUAGUGGAUGCCUUCUGCUAUCGUCCCCUGAUAACAGGGGCGAUCGCAUGCCAUUCCCUCAACAACCAGGAGUGGUUCGACCUCCUUUGCGGGCUGAACACACAUCUGGGCAGUCAGGUUGGUAGCAUCGGCCGCCUUCCACCCAGUGCGCCAAUCAUCCCCGCCGCGCCGCUGAUGCCCGCUGCUACUGCCACCAUUAUCCCUGCUGCCGUCCCUUCCAUUCCUGUCGCCACUGUCGCCACAACUUUUCCAAGCGUCAUGCCUGCCAUCUGCGCAGGCGACUUGCCGAUGAAGGAUGUAGGGAAGAAAGCUUCCGAGGAUGGAGUUGGGGGGCCCGCCUUGCCCCAAAUUGUCACCAAGGAUGGCCGGGUGAUCACCCCGCAGUGGACGGCAAUCUUCCCGCCGCCACCACCGGGUGUUCCUCGGAAGUAG